CAGAGCGAUAGAUUGAGUGAACGAAAAGGGAGGGAGAAGAAAGAGUGAGACAGAGACAGAAAAAGCAAGAGAGUGACACAAAUUGAGUGAUGAGGGAGGAGUUUCGGCGCAAAAGUGUUCUGCCAGUUUGGGUGAGAAAGCGGCUCGUGCGGAGCGGAAACUGAAGCUGUGUCUCACACCCCUCGUGCGCUUUCACACUCUGUUAACCGAGUCGCUCGCUGUCGGGUCCGGCCCUGUUUCACACACACACACACACACACACACACACACACACACACACACACACUCUCUCUCUCGUUUAUCGGAGCCGGUAGUGUGUUUGCUGUAGUUUGUUUUCCCCUCCGGUUAACGGUUCGGCGGUGGUCAAUGGCGGACGGCGCUCCGUGCAGCAGUGGCAGUGAUGGCGAGGAGAAGGGCGCGCGCCUCCGCGGGUUCGCGCGACAGGGCGCGCUCCGCCAGAAGAACGUGCACGAGGUGAAGGACCACAAAUUCAUCCCGCGUUUCUUCAAGCAGCCCACCUUCUGCAGCCACUGUACCGACUUCAUCUGGGGUUUCGGGAAACAAGGAUUUCAGUGUCAAGUUUGCUGUUUUGUGGUACAUAAGCGCUGUCAUGAGUUUGUUACCUUCUCCUGUCCUGGAGCAGAUAAAGGUCCGGCGUCAGAUGACCCACGCAGUAAACACAAGUUUAAGGUCCAUACGUACUCCAGUCCGACAUUCUGUGAUCAUUGUGGCUCCCUGCUGUAUGGGCUCAUUCACCAGGGCAUGAGAUGUGAACAUUGUAUGAUGAAUAUUCAUAAGCGUUGUGUUGCUAACGUGCCGAGUCUGUGUGGAACUGAUCACACUGAACGCAGAGGCCGAAUCCAGAUCACUGCUAACAUCAAGAACAACGUACUCACCGUAUCCAUCAAGGAAGGGAGAAACUUGGUUCCAAUGGAUCCGAAUGGCCUGUCUGACCCAUACGUGAAGCUCAAACUCAUUCCUGAUCCGAAAAGCGAGAGCAAACAGAAGACCAAGACUAUAAAGUGCUGCCUGAAUCCGACAUGGAACGAGACCUUCACAUUUAAUCUGAAGGAAUCUGAUAAGGACCGUAGGUUAUCAGUGGAGAUGUGGGAUUGGGAUUUGACCAGUAGGAAUGACUUCAUGGGUUCCCUCUCAUUCGGCAUCUCAGAACUGCAGAAACAAAGCGUGGAUGGCUGGUUUAAGCUGCUGAGUCAGGAGGAGGGCGAGUACUUUAAUGUGCCUGUCCCAGCCGAGGGAGAGGAAGGAAACGAGGAGCUGAGACAAAAAUUUGAGAGAGCUAAAAUAGCUUCUGUCGCUAAGAGGACAGACUCAUCUGUAUCCAAGUUGGAAAAUAAUGGAAAUAAAGACCGGAUGAAGCUCUCUGACUUCAACUUCCUCAUGGUGCUUGGAAAAGGGAGCUUUGGCAAGGUAAUGCUGGCUGAGAUGAAGGGAACGGAUGAGUUAUUUGCUAUAAAGAUUCUGAAGAAAGAUGUGGUGAUUCAGGACGAUGAUGUGGAGUGUACUAUGGUGGAGAAGAGGGUGUUAGCACUUUCAGGAAAACCUCCUUUCCUUACACAGCUGCAUUCCUGCUUCCAGACCAUGGAUCGGCUGUACUUUGUAAUGGAAUACAUUAAUGGAGGAGAUCUGAUGUACCAGAUCCAGCAGGUCGGAAAGUUCAAGGAGCCACAUGCAGUGUUUUACUCUGCGGAGAUUGCCAUAGGGCUGUUCUUCUUGCACCUGAAAGGCGUAAUAUACAGGGAUCUGAAGUUAGAUAAUGUAAUGCUGGAUGCUGAAGGUCACAUUAAGAUUGCUGAUUUCGGGAUGUGUAAGGAGAACAUGCUUGAGGGAGUAACCACCAAAACUUUCUGCGGUACCCCGGACUACAUUGCUCCUGAGAUCAUUGCGUAUCAGCCAUAUGGGAAGUCAGUAGACUGGUGGGCCUUUGGGGUGCUGCUGUAUGAAAUGCUAGCUGGACAGCCACCAUUUGAUGGAGAGGAUGAGGACGAACUGUUCCAGUCCAUCAUGGAACAUCACGUGUCAUAUCCCAAAUCAAUGUCUAAGGAGGCAGUGGCCAUUUGUAAAGGACUGAUGACGAAGCACCCUGGAAAACGUUUAGGAUGUGGCCCUGAGGGAGAGAGAGACAUCCGUGAGCAUGGUUUCUUCCGCUACAUGGAUUGGGAGAAGCUUGAGAACAAAGAGGUUCAACCACCAUUCAAACCUAAAGCUAAAAACAGCCGAGAUACAUGCAACUUUGAUCGUGAGUUUACGAAGAUGCCAACGGAGCUUACACCGACUGAUAAACUCUUCAUCAUGAAUCUGGAUCAAGACGAGUUUCUUGGAUUUUCUUACACAAAUCCAGAAUAUGUCCCUCCAUCUCAGUCAUGAAAAUGAUCCUAGAAAUACCUUACGAAGGGUUUUACCCUCCUGUAGUGUUCAAAAUUUAGCAAUGUUGCAUCCCAGAAGCUGCCCUGGAACGCUCUAGAUUUUAUAGCAAUACAGUUCUCCAUUUUUGUAUCCCAAAAACUCAGGUUUCUGAGAGCUUGCUAAUAUUUCACUCUAAAUUUAUAGUAACUCUAUAAGCUGAGUGAAGUAAAUAACGAAUGAAGCUACUAGUACUAACUGUACCUCUGCUUUAACUAGGGUCAGCCUCUCACCCUGACCUCACACUCCCAGCCUACUCCUAACCUGCAAACCUUGUCCCUCACUGUAUGCCCAUCCUCAAUCAAAUCCCAACCUCGAAACCCCUUCAGCCUAACCCUAGUCUAGUUGCACCCAUCACCACACCUACACCCUUUAAUGUUAACCUGACCAUUACUCUAACACCUCCAACUAUUCUAACUAUUUAAUGACUCGCCCAGAGCCUACCCACCUCUCUAAAACCGCACCAUUCCCACUCCCUGCUCCCCCAUUAAUUUUUAGGCUAUGUCGUUAUUGAUGUUGUCCCGCCCCACCAACAUCUGUGCUCAUGAGCCACUUUUGGAGAGGAUGGAACACGAAAUUUGACCAUGACUAUCUGAGAAUAAUCAUAAAUGUCACAUGAGGUGUGACACUUAAAUUUCCCAAGUUUUCUACUGAUUUACAAUUUUACUAAAUCUGUGAUUAUAAAAAUAUGACCUGGUACUGCAUUUAUGUACAGUUGAUAGGCUACACUGAAAAAUCUUUUAACCAUCUCAAAUGGCACUGUUUGUCUCUAUGCCCUACACUGAACGUCGUAUUACUGUUAAUCUAACAGGGAAUGCAGUAAAUUCAGAAAAAGUGUGACCAAACCCAAACGGGCAAUUUAAAAAACAAAAACAAAAACAACACCAUGCUCAAUUAUUCAUCCACGGCUCAUUAUUUUCCCCCUCUGCAUUUUUGCUCUGUUUGAUCGUGGCACGUCGGGCUGAUGUUUAAUUCACCAUCUCAAAACUCAUUAUGCAAGAAAGAUCAUUAUCUCCCUCUGGAUAUGAUAUUGCUGAGUUUUCACAAUCUAUUCACUCAGUACAAGCUAAAGACAUUCAAAAAUCAAUAUAGUAAAUGUAUAUUGAGUUUAUAUAGUCAGUUUAUUCAAUUUAUUAUGAAUUAUAAAUCGUAUUUUAGCAAGAACAAGAAAGACAGGGAUGGAGAGUGAGAGACGGGUAGAGGUUGAGAAAAAAUGAAAGGCAUAAAGAAGCAGAAAGUGAUUGAGAGAGAGACAGGUAGAGAAACAGAUGAUGGGGCACAAAAAAGACAGUGACAGAGAUGGAGGAAGAGAGGGACAGCAUGAGAGGCAGACAGAAAGCAAGGCGAGAAUAAAAAGACAAAAAAUUGGCAGAGAGACAAACAGCGAAACAGUCCGACAAACAGAAAAACUGAAAGAGAUAUACUGAUAGGAGUGAAGAAAAAAACAAUCCCUCAUGUCCUACAAACAAGUGUUUUCUGGAUAUUCAGUAGGUUACAUUAGUUUGAAUACUAACUUGCAGUGCAUUGUGGGAUUUUCCGAGUACACUGAAUAUUCUUUUGUUCGUCACUAUGCUAUAGACUGCAUAACAUAAUUACAACGCUUCCAGCGUAGUGCACUAUGUAGUGCACAAGGUGUGUUUGGGAAUAUACGAAAGGAUUAAAAUCAUUACUAAAUAGUUAAAUAAGAUAUUUCACUUUGACAUUUGCAUGACUUCUAUAGUUUUCAUCGAUUCUCUGACAGCUGAGUACACUGCCUGUGUAAAAAAAAAUAUAUAUAUAUAAAAUUAUCAAAUGUAGGUAGAAUUGUAUCAUUUUAGCUAUCUUAUAAUUAGAGUCUGAAAUAGAACGUGUAUCAAUGAUAAAAUUUCUCAUCUUGUAGCAUUUAGUUUCUGAAUAUAAUGUACAUUUCUGUAUAUUGUUAUGAUUUCCAAUUGUGUCUCCAUUUGAUUGUUUUGAGUUUAAUAUGCAUUUAACUAUGUACAUUUGUUUACAUUCGUUGUGUAUCUUAGAAUGAUAUGAAGAUCAUUUGCACACUAACCUCCUGAAGACAUGUGGACAAAAAUGGUCCAUAAAAUAAGGCGAAUGUGUGUGUGUGUGUGUGUGUGUGUGUGUGUGUGUGUGUGUGUGUGUGUGUGUGUGUGUGUGUGUGUGUAGAGGUGCAUAGUAAAUAGUAACAUAAUCUCAGAGCUAUUCAAUAAAUUAAUAAAUGCAAUCAAUGUAUUGAUUAAUAAAAUGAUGUUACUGAUGUUACUAAGCAUUUAUAAUUGUUAAUGUUUUAU